ACGGACACCUCUGCCGCUGCGAGGCAUCUGCAACGCGUCUCCUCUCUUUGAGCAAGGUGUUCUAUCUAUACUUCUUGCAUGAUGUCUUACGAGGUGUUGUGCUUUAUCUUUGCUUUGCUGGCAUCAAUUGCUCUAAUAUUUCUGGUAAUAUGGAAUGUAAUAGCUUUUGAUGACUUGAGGACAGAUUACAAGAAUCCAAUUGAUCUUUGUCAGACCCUUAAUCCACUUGUCCUACCAGAGUAUGGAUUGCAUGCAUUUUUGAUGCUCUUGUUCUUUUUUGGUGGUUUUUGGAUUGUAUUUCUAUUUAAUGUGCCAUUACUCUGUUAUAACAUAUAUCGGUAUGCCAAUAGAGGAAUUAUCUCUGGUGUUGGUAUUUAUGACCCAACUGAAAUAAUGUCAACAUCUGUUCUGAACAAAUGCCAGAGGGAAGGCUGGGUUAAGCUAGCUUUCUUCUUGAUCAGCUUCUUUGUCUAUCUGUACAGACUGCUGUAUGCUUUGCUGUCGUGAUGCUGUUACUCCUUUAGAUGCUAUUUAACAAUGGUUGAACUUUAUAAAGUACGGGUAAUCUAACUGAAACUAAUUAUCAUAUCAGUAGCUAGUUUGUUUUGACAUUUAUUAUUUACACAUACCUAUUUGUUAGUUACGUUCUGUUUAUAAUGUCAAUUCAAACAUUUAGACAAUAUUUCUUAUCAUUUGUGUACAUUGUUCUAA